CCAGCCGCAUUCUCAACAGUUUUCUUCUUUUUUUUUUAUUAUUCUUUUUGUCCAUCGUCUUCCAAUGGUCGUUCCUGUCAUUCAAUCUUACCCUCAUUACAAGUAUAUUACGCCCGGAAAACUAGUUAGAGUAGCUCCUACUUUAGCUGUGUGGGGAUUUGCCACUGCUGCUGCUUUAGCAUUGUUGGGAUCCGAUAUUCCUAUUGUCAGAGCGGAUGUCUUGGGAAGAAUACCUUUGGCCGGUAAAUAUUUCCCUGUUCAAAGUGGAAAGGAAGAAGAGGAAGAUUAAACACUCUUAUCUUAAUAAAAAAAAAAGCACGCGACUUUUUUUGUCAAUGCCACACACUUAAAA